CGAGACAACCACGAUCUAGGCUAGGCCAGAGUUUGAGACAAUGAGAUAUGGUAUGAAGGUUACUAAUUUUAUAUUAAUUGGCUCUGUCCUUUUUGUAACAUGCCAAAUUUACCGCAGUGGGAAAUGGGAAGGGGGUGUCUUCGAGAUUCUACUUUUUUAUCUGACAUGGCCAUAAAAUAUGGCAAAAUAGUAUAAAUGAAAAUUGAGAUUGGAUGAAGUCGACAGAGCAUCUUUCACGUAUCUAGUGGCAUUCAACGUGGAUGCAGAUUCAUAAAGUAUAGUCAAUUGCACUGCAAUGUACGAGGUUUAGACUUUAGAGUGAUUAAGAUCUUGGGGGGUAAGGGUCGAUGAACAGAAGACAUCCUGAGUAAGGUAGGUGUAAGUCUGUAAGCGAACAGAAUGAAGCUGCUACCGAGAGAAGUGGAGAAACUUGCCAUGCAUGGCGCAGGCCAUUUGGCACAGAAACGCCUCGCUAGAGGUCUUCGACUUAAUUAUACUGAAGCUGUUGCACUCAUCGCCACUCAAAUUUUGGAGUUAAUAAGAGAUGGGGAAAAAACAGUAGCUGAGUUGAUGGACUUGGGAAUACAGCUUUUGGGAAGGCGUCAAGUUCUUCCUUCUGUUGUUCAUCUUUUGGAAACAGUUCAGGUGGAAGGAACAUUUCCAGAUGGCACUAAAUUAGUGACAAUUCACAAUCCCAUCACAAAUGAAGAUGGAAAUCUUGAACUCGCACUGUAUGGCUCAUUCCUUCCAGUUCCUAGAUUGGAUAAAUUUACUUGCAUGGAAGAUGAAUGCUGGCCUGGAAAGAUUUAUCCAGAAGAAGGAAAUAUUAUUUUGAGUGCAGGGCGAAAAGCAAUUAAGAUUACUGUAACUAAUAUGGCAGAUCGACCUAUUCAGGUUGGUAGCCACUAUCACUUUAUCGAGGUGAAUCCAUUCUUGUGUCUUGAUCGAGAAAAGGCUUAUGGGAUGCGUCUUAACAUACCUGCUGGCACAGCUGUGAGGUUUGAGGCUGGCGAAGAAAUUCCAGUAACACUUGUUAGUAUUGGAGGGAAUCGGAACAUACAAGGUGGAAAUGGAAUUGCAAGUGGUCCAGUAGAUUAUGCACGGCUUCCACAGAUUAUGUUAACUGCCCAUGCUCAAGGUUUUCUCCAUAAGAGAGAAACAAAUGCCAUAGAAGGUAUCACUGGGGAAAAUAAUGAAGUUACGUGUAAGAUCACUAAGGAGAAGUAUAGUAAUUUAUAUGGGCCAACUAAAGGUGAUAAGAUUAAGCUUGGGGAUACAGAUUUGUAUGCAGAAGUUGAGCAUGAUUUCACAGUGUAUGGAGAUGAGUGUGUAUUUGGUGGUGGUAAAGUAAUACGGGAAGGCAUGGGUCAGGCGUCUGGAUAUCCAUCUGCUUCUUGUCUGGAUGUUGUAAUUACAAAUGCAUUAAUCAUAGAUUAUACAGGGAUUUAUAAAGCAGACAUCGGCAUUAAAGGUACUACUAUUGUAGGAAUUGGGAAGGCAGGAAAUCCUGAUGUCAUGGAUGGAGUCUCUGAGGGAAUGAUUAUUGGUGUUAAUACAGAAGUCAUUGCAUGUGAGGGAAAGAUAAUCACCGCUGGAGCAAUAGAUUGCCAUAUUCAUUUUAUCUGUCCACAGUUAGCAGAUGAAGCGAUUGCAAGUGGUGUUACAACCUUAGUUGGUGGGGGAACUGGGCCAGCAACUGGUACUUUGGCAACAACUUGCACACCUGCACCUAUUCAAAUGCGGUUUAUGUUAUGUGCAACUGAUGAUCUGCCCCUUAACUUUGGCUUCACCGGGAAGGGAAACACUUCGAAUGCAUCAGGUUUGGAUGAUAUAAUUAAGGCAGGAGCUAUAGGUUUAAAGCUACAUGAAGACUGGGGAAGUACUCCUGCUGCCAUUGACACGUGCCUUACUGUGGCUGAUAGUUAUGAUGUGCAGGUAACUAUUCACACAGAUACAUUAAAUGAGGGUGGUUGCGUAGAGCAUUCCAUUAAAGCAUUUCGUGAAAGAACUAUUCACACCUAUCACAGUGAAGGUGCAGGUGGUGGUCAUGCUCCAGAUAUUAUCUCAGUUUGUGGCUUGAAGAAUGUUAUACCAUCCUCAACAAAUCCUACAAAACCUUUCACUCACAACACUAUUGAUGAACAUCUUGACAUGCUGAUGGUAUGCCAUCACUUGAACAAAGACAAUGAAGAAGAUGUUAAAUUCGCCGAGUCACGUAUACGCGGAGGAACAAUAGCUGCAGAAGAUAUUUUGCAUGAUAUGGGAGCAAUUAGCAUAAUAUCAUCAGACUCCCAAGCUAUGGGUCGUAUAGGAGAGGUUAUAACUCGAACUUGGCAAACUGCUGAUAAAAUGAAGAGGCAAAGGGGACAGCUUCCAGAGGUCACAUCUGUUAAGAAUGACAAUCUACGCAUCAAGAGAUAUAUAUCAAAGUAUACCAUCAAUCCAGCCAUUGCCCAUGGGUUUUCUCACAUCAUUGGUUCAAUUGAGGUUGGGAAGAUGGCAGAUCUUGUUAUGUGGAAGCCUGGAUUCUUUGGUGCAAAGCCUGAAAUGAUUAUUAAAGGUGGUGCAAUUGCUUGGGCACAAAUGGGUGAUGCCAAUGCAAGCAUCUCAACGCCUGAACCAGUCCUCAUGAGGCCCAUGUUUGGUGCCGUUGGUAAAAGUGGAAACCUACAUUCAAUUGCCUUUGUAAGCAAGGUUGCCAAAGAAGCUGGAGUUGAGAAAGAUUAUGCCCUCCAGAAGAGAGUUGAAGCAGUUCAAAACGUCCGCAGUUUGACCAAACUUGACAUGAAGCUAAAUACUGCAACUCCCAAAAUUGAAGUUGAUCCUGAGAGCUUUGUUGUAACUGCAGAUGGGGAACGCCUGAUUUGUUCACCAGCCAAGAAACUUCCUUUAUCACAGAACUUUUUUCUCUUUUAACCUUAAUAGGAUAAACAACAGAGAAAAACACAAAUAGAUUCAAAUUGCAAGAUUAGAUGAAUCUCAUGUAGCAAGCAGUACGAAUCACUAUACGGAUAUUUUCUGUUGAAUAAUGCCUGUUCUUGAGACAGAUUUGGAGUAUUCAGGCAGAAAAGAAACCUGAAACAUAAUAAUAUGAUAUGAUAUGCUGUUUAUUAUGAAAACUUAAUUAGUGGAUUUCAUUAUUUUCUCAA